UAGGAGGGACGACAAGGGCGGAGUUUCAGGCUGAUCUCAGUUUGCAGGACUGCAUUUCAGUCACUACGUCGCGGAGAAGCCGGCAAAUAGUAACGUAAAGUUUGUCCUCUAGUCCAAUUUCAAAGUUACAGAAAGGUGAAAAUUGUCGGACCGCGGACAAAAAUGAAAAUCUGGGCUUCGGAGCAUAUUUUUAACCACCCAUGGGAAACUGUAACCAAAGCUGCCAUGCAGAAGUACCCAAAUCCAAUGAAUACAAGUGUUGUGGGGGUAGACGUAUUAGAACGACAUGUAGAUGCCACUGGAAAGUUACAUAGCAGCCGUUUGCUCAGCACGGAGUGGGGCAUUCCAUCUGUUGUCAAAUCUUUAAUUGGUUCUAAUAGAACAUGGACUUAUGUUCAAGAACAUUCAGUUGUAGAUCCUGCGGAAAAAACGAUGGAGUUAAAAUCAAGAAACAUUACGUUUACAAACUUGGUUUCCGUGGAUGAGAGACUGGUUUAUAAACCACAUCCUCAGGAUUCUGAAAAAACGGUACUUACCCAGGAGGCAAUCAUUUCUGUAAAGGGAAUCAGCCUUAGCAGUUACCUUGAGGGAAUGAUGGCAAACACCAUAUCUUCCAAUGCCAAUAAAGGUCGAGAGGCAAUGGAGUGGGUAAUCCGGAGACUGAACACGGAGAUUGAGGAACUGAAAGCAUCUGCAAGAGAGAGUCUGCGAACAUCCAUGGCGGCUGCAUAUCCAAAAGAUUGACACUAGCGUUAAAAGCCUUGCACUGUGCAUAUCGAUGGUGAAAAUGUGCAGCUCUUUCUGUGCACCAUUCUUUAUUUAUUAUCUGAUCUGAAAAAUAAUAAGCAACACAUCUAUAUUAGAUGGGAUACUGUGUUUGGUACAUGGAGUGAAGCUGCAAUUUUUCACCUUAUUACCUGUGAAUGAUGGUGCUUAAGGCUCUGACAUAGCUCAAAGCAUAACUAUAUUAACUGCCAUCAGGGGAUGCCUUGGGAAGUCUUGUUAAAACCAGUGGUUUAAAACAACUUCUAGACAGUGCUGUGAAUGAGACGGUGUGCAGUUAUAGAGGCAAUAACAGGAGGACAUUUUGUAUGCUUUAGAGGUGGUUCAUGUGGUAUUGGGGUAUUUCAUUAAAAAUUCUGGCCUGACAAAUGCCCCUUCUAUUUGUUCACUAUAGAAAACCUGUGUAGCAUAAAAGUUUCCAGUUUAGUUUAAAUCAUUCCCUCCCCACAAAAGUCAGUUUUUUUGUCAUUUCGGCAAAAUUUUAUAUACUGGUACAUACAGGAAGAGAGUUUAAGCAUCAGAUUUAUUUUAUAUUUUUGUGUAUUUUUUAAAAAAAAAUCCUUAUGAAAAGCUUGCAUGGCUGUAUUCCACUAGAUCUUUACUUGAAUAUUUUCAAAACUGGUAAUGGUGAGACCAUGCUAGGGUAAUGGGUUCAUACGUGUAGAUAUGGCUAUGUCUUGUUAUGGGGGAUUUUGUCUUACUGAGGACCAACAAAAUGUACUGUACCAUACUUUUGUCUGAUUAAUGAAGGUAUCUGUCUUAAGUUUAAAGGUGACAGAUUGUAAAGUAUUAAGCAAGUAAUUUGAGUAUUUAAGUGUAAAGUAAAACAAAAUGUUUUUGAUAACAGAAAUGUAUUUAUAAUACUUUAUGUAAUAGCAGCAUUUGACUGCAUCUGUAUAAUUGAAGAGAAGGACGGGAACCAUUUUUCAGUCUUGUUUUGUAACUGCAGCUGUGCAGUCAUGACUGAGAAGAGGCUGUCGCUGAUCAGGUGGAAAUACAUUGGCUGCCAUUUAGGGGGUUAUUCAUUCAGUGACUGUGUCUUUGAAAAGAUGGUCAGUUAAAAUGGGAUUUUGCUCCCUUGUUUUUGAAUUUAACAUGACACCAUUUCAGACUUGUUUCUCCUCAGCAAGUUUGGCAUUGCAAGUGGAAAGGAACAUUACAGAAGGUCAGUCUGCAGUUGUGGCUUUUAGCACUUCUGGCUUUACCUUUCUAGAAAAGUUGCAGCCCGGUCUGUAUAUGGCACUCUGUAAUUGGCCACCGUCUAGUACAGGUUUGUCCUCUGGCCUGGGAGGCCAGUACACUGUACAUUUGGUACACUUUUGCAGUGCUUGUAUAUUUUGCAAAUCUUGCACUGAACAUUCCCAUGAAUAAUUGGGUAAAAACUAACUCUUUGAGAAUGUUGCUUAACUUCAUUAUUUGUUUGCAGCCGUAAUAUAUAAACCAGUCACUUGUGUUCUUUUUAACAAGGUUUUUUUUUUCCCCAGCUGUCAAAUUUUUAAAUAGAAACCUCGUGGUGUGAUAAGAGGAUUUUGCUUGCUUCCUGUUAAAGUAGAGUUGACUUCAGUGUUUAACUGUUUGUUUAAGGUGUGUUAUGGGAGUAUUGUCUGCUUACUCAGUAUCCCUGCAGGAAGUCUCCAUUUAUUGUAUUUCUUUUUUAUAGGAACAGAUUGUGGGAUAAACCAGUAUUCCAGAGCCACGGUUGAUUAGAGGUUGUCCUAACUUUGUGCAAAAAGUAGACCUUCAUGAAACAGUUACUUCUACAGAGCAUAAUAUUUCAUAUAGAAACUGUUUUUGUGAAACACACUGAUUUGUGGGUGCUGAUAAAACUUGGAUUUUGUACCAUCUUUUUUCAUGGCCAAGGUAUUGUAAUGUCAGCUGAGAAGCUGCUGUUAAAACUCCAUAUUUGUAACUUAAAUUUAAUGUUUGUGCCAAUAAACAUUGGUAAAUUUGUUGUUUGGAGAAUCUCCAACAAA